UAAAAUGUUUGAAAUUUUGCACACUAAUAAACAUCUUGAAAACGGCGACAAUAAAAAUAUAAAAAAUUUCAAACAGUUAUUAUUUAGAGUGUAUAAUUGUACCUCAGGAUUUCUAGUAAUUUACUAAAUCGCAAGUAAUCCAGCAGGAAAAAGUCUGCAGCGGGCUUGACGUAAAGUUUCCAUUUUUUCGUUCCUCGGAAGAGAGAAACUUCGUUGUUUCGCUAUUCGAGAUAUAUCGCGUCGUUGACGUGACUCGCGUAGUACCGCCGUGGUAGCGCCGCGUAGUAGCUACCGGGAUCGGCGCCAUGUUGAUCCAUUCGAGGAGCACCGUGGACACGGCAGCGAAUCGGUCCCGUGCGUUGGUCGUCGCGUUUCACAGUACGCACAAUCGCAGUGAGUUUACCGUUGACCAGUUUAACAAUCGCGCGACGUAGACUCGACCCUCGCGCGUCGGUAAUCCUUCGAGACACGUAAAUCUGGGAAAUCCCGGCCGAAAUCUCACGCAGGGUCGGCGUCGCUGCGGCGCCGUCGUAUCCUCGGGCGCCAGGAGUACACCGAGUUCUCCAGUCUUAAUUCGUAUCUCCUCGCGCGUGCGGUAAUACCCGAGGGGGGUUGAAAAUGCAGCCCCGCGAGGUCAAAAGCAUCACGAAUCGCGCGCCUUUCCUGCCUCUCGCGUGCGCGAGGAGUUGUGGUCGGCGCCGACGGAUGGCGCUACGCGGCCCGCCGCGUCGGUAUCGCGGGCCACGGGCGGCUCCGCCAAUCAGCGCGUCGUUGCGCUCGCGGCCGCGCGCGACAGUCUCUCGCGACGAGAUGUCCUCCGCGGUGGAGAUUAGCGGAGCGGCUUCUCCGCGCCCCUUCCGCCCUGCGACAAGCGGUCGUCGUGGGUCGUCGUGUGGCGAGCGACGUCAUCCACGCACCGUCGUCGUCGUCGUCGUGGUCGUCGGCACGCCCGCCGCGGCGCCCGCGAUUCGUCGAUGAGCCGCUGGCCGCGCGCCGAUAACUCGAUAGGAGCGAGACGGCGUGAAAGGGGAGGGAAAAGACGGGGCAGCCAAGCGCGAGCUUCGGGAGCGGCGCGCCCGAAUUAACGGACGGCCUCGGCCGUCCUCGCGACAAGGCCGGCUGCGGAGGCUGCACCGAACAAGCACGACGCCACCCGAUCCGACGCGACGCGAUCACGUGGCCGUCCGUCCGUCCCUCCGACCGACCGUGUUUACUUUGGUUCGUUUAUUCGGCUCGCUCGCCCGUCGGUUCCUUCGCCCGCUCGUACGUCGGUUCGUCCGCUCGUCCGGCCCCAUAUGCGCGUCCGCGAGCGCCGGACUGGCAAGCAGUGCGACGCGACGUCGGCGCGCUCGUCUCGCGCCUUCGGGACGUGACGCCGCUCGGUUGUGCCGCCCCUCGUCCCGCUGCUCCGCUGGGACCCGGAUGCUGCGUGUCCACGUCGAGGAGGCAGGGUGACGGUGACGCGGUCAUCGCGGCUCGACGACGGAGGUAGAAGAAAGAUUGCAUCUGAGGCACGUAAACGCUUUUCUUCCUUAUUAAAAUAUUACUAUCUUCGUCCGAGGGGACGGUCGCGAGGGUCCGCGGAGGUAAUGCUCCUGGCGAGCGGAAGUGAGGAGCCCCAGGCGGCUUUUCUCCCUUCGUGCCCAUCGAGGGAGGAGAAGAAGGACUACGGCAGGGUCGGUCCCUGGCCCGCGGGCUGCAGCUGCAGCUGAAACUGGAAGCGGCCAGCAGGGAGGAGUGCCUCGUGGUGCACGGCGGUGCUCCUCUAACGGCGGCUAGAAGGGAGUUAUGGUGUCUCGCGCAUGCAAUGCCUGUGGCCGCCGCAGCCGUGGCACUGUGGCAUCGUGCCCAUCUCAAGGCGCUCGCCUGCGUCGUCCUCGCCCUGAUCGCCGUCCAGUAUCUGCUUAGCGGCGGCGUGCUCGAUCGUCGCUCCAUCGAGACCAUCUUCACGAUCAACGCGACCAGAUACGCGGAUCGCUCGUACAGAACCCACCCGCGCGGUUUGAUCAUAUACGGUCAAGCCACGGUCGUGCCGAGUUUAGCCGCGGGUGGCAAUGUAUCCUCGACGACGCUGCUCCCAAUACUGGCCAAGGGCCUAUCGAACUCAUCCAGAACCGAGUCGGUACCGGUCAGAAACCUGGUCGCCGCCGGUGGAACCACGCGAGAGCUUCCGGUGGCAAACGCGACCAGCAACGCGACGCUGCCACGGUGUCCCCUUAUCCCCCCGAAUUUGGUUGGACCGGUGGUCGUCAGUAAGUCACCGCCACCGUUGUCCGAGAUGGAGAGGUCAUUCAUGGAGGUGAAGGCGGGCGGGACGGGUCGGCCCGCGGACUGCGUCGCCAGGCAUCGCGUCGCCAUAAUUAUUCCAUUUCGCGACCGACCGCAGCAUCUGCAGGCCCUCCUCUACAAUCUGCAUCCGAUUCUACUGCGCCAGCAGAUCGACUAUCAGAUCUUCGUGAUCGAGCAGGAAGGUACCGGGGCCUUUAACCGAGCAAUGCUCAUGAACGUCGGCUACGUAGAGGCUUUAAAAGAAAAAACCUUCGACUGCUUCAUCUUUCAUGAUGUUGACUUACUUCCGGAGGACGAUAGAAAUCUGUACACUUGUCCCGAGCAGCCCAGACACAUGUCAGUUGCGGUGGACAAAUUCAAGUACAGGCUACCCUACGCCGAUCUCUUCGGCGGCGUGUCCGCGAUGUCGCGCGAACACUUCCAGCUGGUCAACGGCUUCAGUAACGUCUUCUGGGGCUGGGGUGGCGAGGACGACGAUAUGGCGAAUCGCAUCAAGGCCCACGGCCUGCACAUCUCGCGAUAUCCGGCAAACGUCGCGCGCUACAAGAUGCUCACGCACAAAAAGGAGAAGGCCAAUCCGAAGAGGUACGAGUUCCUCAAGACAGGCAAGAAAAGGUUCUCCACUGACGGGUUGGCUAAUCUGCAAUACGAGCUGAGCGACAAGCGGAAGCCAAAGCUGUAUACGUGGCUCUUAGUGAGACUGACACCGCCGCAGCCCAGCUGAUGGCUACCAUGGCUCGGCUGAAGGCUCCUGCAAGCCAAGCUUAUCCCUAGCGAGGUCAAUGCGAUUGUAUUGCAAAACCGCGACCCUGGAGCUCGCCGCUCGUCAAAGAGGCAAGACUAAAGAUGAGAAACAUUUCCGCGAAAAAUAUCUGCGAGAGAAACUCGAAGGUGUUCUCUUGAAGACGCUCCUGGAAAUGCUGGAAUUCCGAUUCAUCGACGAAGAGACGAGAUCCUGAAUGCACCGGCCAUUUUUAUCCCUAACUGACUUAGCUGCGAACACUUCUGGGCCAUCCAAUAAAUAAUUAUAUCGUAGAGUACGGCCUGUUGGAGAGAAAUGAAAAGUUCGAAUGAAUAAUUAGAAACAGAAUAAUGAGAAACGUUCCAUAAGAUUUUAUUACUCUCAGUUAGAAGUUAUACCGGUAUACUAACACGAUCUCUUUCUGUAUUUAGGAUCGCCGUGAUUGAUCCUAUUGUUCUUCCGUUCGCCAAAGAUUGUUCUUGAUAUAUCUUUUUUUUUCCAAUUGAAAAAUUAGUAAGACCGAAGGACUAAAAUUAAGAUAUAUCGUUUGCAUACUGUAUUAUUCGUGAGAUGAGAAAUUACUGGGAGUUUGGCGCACAGGAAGGAUUGGGUGGAGCGCGUCAGUGGUAGGGAUAGGGAAAGGAAAGAUGCUUCCACGUCGAGGGGUUGUCGAGUAUCUCGCCGCUGCGUGAGGGUCUCGUCUUCAGUUUCUCCCUCCUCUCACGGAGGGGAUGUUGUUACGUGAUAUAUUUUUAUUCCUCAUAUUUUUUUAUCGCGAUGAUAGGUUAAAGAGCGAGUAGAAAAUAGCAUACGAGCUGACGUGCCAAAGGAGAAUGUACAUGAGUGUAUGUGUGUACGUGCGUGCGUGUGCUGUACGGAAGAAAGGGGGACGAGAAAGCAGGAAGAGACCGAAGAAGCUUCAAUAUCCUUCUUAGAGCCAAGCUACGGUAUUAUAUACGCAAAGCAAGCUGUCGUCGCUCGAGGGGACUUUAGAGAGCUUUCGCUUUUACAGCUUAUACAUCGUAAUCACCAACAAGUGAUCACCGUGCAUGAUAAAACCUCGUUAGCGAACAGAAAGGAAUAAUCAGACAGUGAAGAUCUGAGAGAUUAUACAAUGCCCUUAAUAAUAAUAAUAAUAAGUCAGCCAGUAAUCAUUUUGAAUUUUAGCGAUUCGAGAGUCGCUUCCAACCCUUCCACUAACGAGGAACCAUUCUACGGUGCUAAAAAUAGAGACUAGAUUAGGGUGCGUAAUGAAGGUGACAGAAGGGGCGGGUAAUAUCGCGGGUAAAGUUUCUUGUAGGAUUAAUCAUACGAAAUGCGAGAGGUUUCAAAUCGCUUUUCAAAGUCGCAUAUCGCUCGUUACACCUCGAUCCCGAGUGCGCGCCAAGUUCGUAACUCGAGCUUGAGUGGCGGGAUUGGAGCUUAUUUUUUUACGGGGCUGUAAAUUAUCGAUUGGCUUCGUUGCAAGGGGAUUGAGUUUUCGAUAUCAGCGCGAGCGGCUGUGUGAAAUAAAGAAACGGUACUUAAUUGUUGUUUAUCAUUUAUGUUGUCUGUCGUUUGCAUUUGUUCGCGUACAUUUAGCCGAGAAAGAGAGAAAUUGUGCUCUUCAACAUGAAAGGAUAAGUGCUUCCAUACAUUUAUUUCAUACUUGUACGGAACACGACCCGCAAAACUUCUUCCAUAGACGACUUGAUUUUCAAGUUUAAUUGCACCAAUGUCAAUUAAAAUUGGAAAAGUUUUAUUUUCAGAAGAGACAGUUUCUAACUGAUGUCGACUAAGUUUAACUUAAAUUUAAUUAUUGCUGUAUCUCUCUAGAGAAUUGAAACUAAUAGAAUUACUUAAAACAAAAUUGAAUUUAAGGGAAGCAGUUUAAAAAAACCUUAACGAAAAAUCGUUAAUAAAAGGAGAAACUUUUAAUUAACAAAUUAGCAGUAACGAAUUGCUCGAUUUGCUCUUCGAAUCGGCAUAUAAUUAUACAAUCAUUUGCAUGAUACAACUAUUUAGUGUGCGGAUCGAAAGGUCCAUUUGGAUAUACGCGAGCGAGAAGAUUUAUAUGCGGAACGAUAGCAAGCGCAGUCAAGACUUAGGAUACACUAACAUAUCAUGUCUUGUCAUAGACACAUGUGUGAAACUUCACUGUGCUGUGGACGAGCAUACUUAAGCGUUAAGCGCAAGCGAGAGCACGGGCUGUGAAUAAUGCGUCUUUUUGCGGUUGAACGAAUUAUAAGGAGCAGGACAGUAAACCGACUUGUUGCGACGACGAGCGACACAAUUAACAUCCUUUUCCUUCCGCAUCGCGCAAUCGGCAGCCGAUCGAUACCUUAUCCCCGUCAUUUCAGGGCUCUCUGAACUCAUCCAGCGACUUUCCCAAGUUUUCUGGCUUAUUACUUUGCGUCUUACGAUUUCUUAAAAGCGCCUCUUGAAACCUUCCUUUAAAUCAGCUAAUAUCAGCCGUUUAAUAAUAACUAAAAGAAUUCUCUGUUGUUACAUUCAUUUAUUUAUGAUGGGGCUAAAAUCCGAUUAAAAAAUGUUGACGAGCUUAUUAUUUGAUUAAUCUAACUUCUACUUGUUUUUCAUGUAUGAGCAAAGAAAUGACAAACGCAAAGUAAUGCCAUAGUUACUUGGUGAAGGAAUCAGCUGAUGUUCGCGUUGUACAAGGUGACACGAAGAUUUCGAUUGAGAAAUAUAUGGGAUAUGCGGGAAAUGUAUUGGAUGUGCUUGGUGCGUUCUUCUUAUUGCCGUUUCUGUGAUUGAACAUUCCGAUAUCGUUAUUUGAUCUGGAUGUAAAUUAUCAUUUCAUGUGUUUUGUUGUCACUUUUACAUCUAACUUGAUCUCCUCAGACUCAAGACUUUCAAUUUUCGUUUAAAUGCGCUAUUUUCAUGUAUAGUUAAAUAUAUCAGUUUUUCUAAUUAAAGAAUGUAAAAUUCUAAUAAAGAGUAAUUGCCACAAUUUCAACACAAA